AUGUCGGCCCAAAACUCUGCAGGAAUCCAAACUCUCCUCGACGCCGAACGAGAAGCCCAGAAGAUUGUCCAGAAGUACCGCACAAAGCGAGUAAAGGACGCUAGAAACGAGGCUCAGAAGGAAAUCGACGACUACAAGAAAGAAAAGGAAGAGGAGUUCAAGAAGUUCGAGAAGGAGCAUAGUUCAGGCAACAAGAAAGCCGAGGAAGAUGCAAACAAGGAGGCUGAAGCCAAGGUCAAAGAGAUCGAGGCCAUAGGGAAGAAGUCCGGGAGCAAAGUCGUCGAACAGCUCCUUGCAGCCGUCACAAACAUCAAGCCAGAGCCUCCUAGGUGA